CCGCCAUUUUGACAUGAAAGUCGAAUAAACAUAUCUUCUAUAACCAUGGCGAUUUUGCCAUCGAAUAUGCGGAAACACUCGAUAAAAACAUGUCCUAAGAAAAGUAAAAAGCAUAUAGAAGCAAUUAUUGAGGAAACUCAAGAUCAUAGCAUAUUGACAGAAAGAUUGAAGAAGACUUUGUAUUAUGGACACACAGCGAAAGAUGUUGCUACUGCCUCAUUUUUAGAAACAGAAAUUGCUGUGGACUAUUUUCGGGAAAAUGUGCCUUGCGACCUCGGACAAGUGGACCAAAUGUAUGCUUCCUCCGUGACCAGGAGAGCAUGUGUGUCACCAUGUGCUAUGAUGCUUGGACUGCUCUACAUUGAACGACUGAAACACAAAAACCCAGACUACCUCAAGAAAAUGACGUCAUCGGAACUCUUCCUUAUUUCUAUGAUGCUUGCCUCCAAGUUCAUGUAUGAUGAGGGCGUGGAUGAGGAGGUCUUCAAUGAUGAAUGGGCAGCUUCGGCACAUAUGAACCAAGAUGACCUGAAUGAACUGGAACGAGACUUUCUUUCUGCAAUAGACUGGCAAUUGUUUGUUAGUGACCAGGACUUUACACGUGUGCUGCAUGGCGUUGAACAGAGGAUAGCAUUGAGUCAGGCCGUGGACAGGGGUUGGUUUUCAUACACCGACCUCAAUAUCCUCCUUGAAAACUCAACACGGAUUGACACACUUUGCAAUGCUUUGACUUCCCUUGUACAGAAAAUAGCUCUAUGCAGUGCUGCUUACACCAUGAGUGCAAUCUGCCUUUUAGCUUCAAUAACAACACUGGCUUCCAUUCACUCAAAUUUGACUCCACCAACGACAAACAUUUCCACGACAAACAAGGUAUCAAACAAAAUGGACUUAACGACAUUGACUAAUCCUGGAAUGCGUGGUUUUGGAGAGGAUUCUUUGUCAUCAAGUUUGGACUUUCUAUUCGAUGAAACUAACCCCGACGAUGCAGAUAAGGACUCGAUGGAUGAUAUCAUUGAUAAAAUCCCCACUGAAAUAUUUGACUCUGACCAGAAUGCUUCCUUUGGAGAUGCCAACCCACAUUCAAUGUUGAAUAUAAAACCACCAGAUUGGAAUGUUAAUCAUAACAGUGUCGGUGCAUACAAUGAGAACUUUAUCUCGGAUUGGAAACCAAAACCUGGAGAAGCUCGUUUAGUGCCACCUACCAACUGGGCAAUGGAUUUGAUCAACUUCACUUUGACAUUCUUUAAGCCUUCUGUUUUACAGUACAAUAACUACUGUAUGAGGGAGGCGAAGGACACUUUAGGCCUAGUUCUUCAUCAACAUUGUGUCUUGGAGUUGAAGAGUUAUUGACCAAAAGUAUAUUCGAUUAUUAUUCAACUUAUGAACAUUUAUUGUUUCAUAUAUAAACUUUCAUUUGGAAAUGAGUGACAAUGUUUUGACCAAAAAUUUCAAAAUUGUUCAUUUUGACAAAAAAUCCAAAUUAAUUUUCCAUUUACAUCUUUUGAUAGCAGAACAACAAAAAAUGAUCAUGUGUAAUCUAUAUUAUAUCAUGUAUAAUGUAUUACAAUUAUAAUUUCAUAGGCAGUAUUUAAUAUGUUAAAUUGUUUGGGCAAUACUCUAAUAAUAUGAAAUCAUUCUCUUCACUGUGCCUUGUCCUUGACAAUUUUGUAUAAUAAUGAGAAAGCAAUUACAUGUGCAUGUAUCAGGCCCAUAGCUAGCUUUGGAAAAUGCUCAGAAUGGUGAAA